AUGCAUAGAAGUGAGAUUACGCUGUUGUUAGUUGCUAUUAUUUUCACACUACAUCGACUAGAAUUUACUUCGAGCUUUAUUGUCGAAAAAGGGAAAGAAUGGCUAGAAAUCCAAGAAUACCACGGGAAGUGGAAAGCUUCAUCCGACCUUUAUGAUUUGAGCUACGACCUGAAUUCGAGUACGCUCGCCAGUUGUCGAGCCGAUAUGGAAUGGAAGUUUCCCUAUUACCCUCGUUUACGGAGGGAUGUCACAAAAGUUCCUGUAAGAGAUUUUGGAAGUCAAGCUAUCAGCUGUCCGGAAAUUACACCACUGAUUGUUAAUUUCCAUGACGAGGUGUCGUAUUUUCCUGAACUAUCAGGAGGAAAAGGCUCUUCUCUGGGGAAACUCAUAAAAUUGAGCAAAGAAGAAAAAACAUUUAUAGUUCCCAAAGGAAUCAUUAUAACGACUGCUGCUUACAGUGAGUUUUUAAAUCAAGAAAUUGAAAAGGAAAUUCAGAACUUAGAGGAUGUCAUUUAUGGAAAAGUUGUGGGAGAUGUGGAGGAAACAUGCGAUAAAGUGAUUUCUGUCAUCUCUCGAACAACACUGCCUCACAAAAUUUGCCGGGAGAUUGAAAGUCACCUGAAUGUUGUGUUUGAUGGCCAUCACCAUCAUCAUAAGUUUGCUGUCAGAUCAUCUGCAACAAGUGAAGAUACAGAGAUGAUGUCAGCUGCUGGCCAGAUGGACUCGUUUUUAGGUGUUCAUGGACUGAAAGAAGUAUUCUCCGCUAUCAAAAAAUGUUGGGCAUCACAGUUUAGCUAUGUUGCUGUUGAAUAUAAAAGACACAAUGGCCAAUUACUUAACUGUCCCAUGGCGGUGAUUGUGCAAGACAUGGUAGCAUGUGAGGUGGCGGGAGUGCUUUUCACUUGUGAUCCAGUUACCAGCAAUCCAUCUAUAAUCACCAUCACUGGCAAUUAUGGUUUGGGUGAGUCGGUCGUAUCUGGAUUAGAGGAGCCAGACACGUUCUUCCUUCAUCGGUCCAUGGCGGAUGAGAUUACUCUGAAAUCUUUGACCAUUGGGGCCAAGAACCACCGAAUCGUUAUGCAAGAUGUUGGAGGUGUGGUUAGAGAAGAUGUUCCAGAAGAGGAGAGGAACCAUUGUUGUUUAUCGAAUGAAAUGGCUGAGAAGCUUGCGAGAAUAGCUAUCAAGAUAGAAAAGUAUUACAAGUCUCCCAGAGACAUAGAGUGGGGAAUCGAAAAUGGAAAUAUUUAUGUUUUACAGUCCCGACCUGUGACAAAUCGUAGUGGUGAAAUGGAUUUUGAAAUCAAACAUGAAUUUGAUGCUCCAAUGAGAUGUGAGCGCGAAUACUUUUCGGUGUGCAAUAUCGGUGAGGUCUUAACUGGUGCCACUACUCCACUGAGCAUUGAUCUUUGGUUCAAAUACUUCCGAACUACCCUUACUAAAGUUGCUGAAACAAAGAAGCAGGUGAACACUUUGCUUCCACACAGAUAUUUCGAAAGCGGCUGCGUGUCCUUCUACAACCACAUGAUGAUCUCUGUCAUUGACGUGAUAUCUCGAAUGCAUAGCCACACCUCUCUGCGAUCCCAGGGCAUCACGAUCGGGAUUUUUGGAAAGUUAUUGGAAGACGAAGAGAUAUUCCUAGCUGCAGAUGAGAGAUAUAAAAAGAAGUCAGGGAGGUCUUUAAAAUCCUAUUACCAUUUCUUGAAGGAUCUCUUUUUUGCUCCAUACGGAGAAAAACUCCUGAGAAAAUAUUUGGAGCGAGAUUUUUUCUCCGCCGAUUUCUGCACAACCUCUGAAGAAAUUUUUUCGGCCAUCUUGAGUUCAUGCUCUGUAUUUGACGAGGCUUUAGAUAUUCACGUUAGUUCAACAGAAGGCUCCUCUGCUUGGAAUAUGUUUCUUUUCACUCUGCUGGGAAACGCUAAAGGAGGCUAUGAUACCGAUGUGUAUAGUGACUUCGCUCGCCUGCUAUCUGUUUCAAAGAAUGUGGAAAGUGCCGAUGUCCCUUCCACUAUGCAGAAUUUGGCUCACUUGGUGCUGUUAGAAAUGACGAGUGACGAAUUUAAAGCCAUGCCGUUAGAGAAAGCCUUAGCAUGGUUUCAAAAAUCAACUUCUGAAGCUGGUAUCCAAUUUCGGCAGUUCCUUAAAAGGCAUGGACACCGAUGUCUAAAAGAGUUUGAUAUGCAGUCAAAAUCAUGGGCUAUGGAUCCAAAACCUUUGGUUCAGUUUUUGCAGAAUCUUUCUGGCACGUGCGAGAGUCCUAAAGAAAAAAAAGAUGACGAUAUUGAGAAAAUCUUAUCAGAGCUUCAAGUGCCUUUGGAUUUCAGAAGAAGAUGCCUGAUAAAAUUUUUGUUGCCGCAUUGUCGGAGAGCUGUGGGUGAACGAGAGAGAUGCAAAAGUCUUUUAAUAAAGGCCUUCGACAAUUGGCGAAAGGGCUUCCGAACUUUAAGCAGACUGAUGGUGUUCGAGGGUCGAAUUCCUGAUGCUGACUUGAUAUAUUUCUUGACCAUUGAUGAAAUUAAAGAUUUGCUAAGAACUAGAUCUCCGAAACUAAUACAAAGGUAUUUACUCGAACUCGACAAGAAGUGGGCCCAGGGAGUGGACCUCCUGCACCUGAGUGGACCCUUGUGGUCAAAAAAGGACCUGUAUAGUAGUGGACAAUAA